AUGCCCUCAACAAAAGUCUCGUUUGAUUACCCCCUCAGCAUUACCAACAUUGGUACAGCCACCGCUAUGAUCCAUCUCGGCGAGCCAAGCAGCCCCAACCGUAUCAAUCUGAUCACAGACCCCGUGUUCAGUCCCGGUGGUACCAAGAUCGAGUAUCGCGGUGUUGUCAUCAACAAGGCCGACCCUCCGGCUCUGGGUCUCGACCAACUCCCUCCUAUCGAUGCUGUUCUACUCAGCCAUGAAGACCAUCCGGAUAAUCUAGAUGAUCUCGGCCGACGCCUUCUUGAUGGUCGGAGGGUGCUCACCACCAGAGAUGGCGCUUCUCAACUAGCUCCGCGGCCAGGAGUGCGGGGCCUUGAAAACUGGGAGACAGUCUGCCUUGAUCUUGGAGGCGACGGAAAGGCGCGGAAGUUGGACGUGAUGGCCACUCCAUGCAAGCACCUACCUGGCGGCCAGGUAGUCGGUUUCAUUGUCAGCUCUCCAGACGGGGCAUUUGGAACACAUGCUGACGGCCGUCCCAAUGCGAUAUACUUCUCUGGAGACACGAUACAUCUUCAAGAGCUUGGCAAGAUGAAGGAAAAGUAUCACAUUGCCGUCGCGAUGCUGAACAUCGGAAAGGCGACAGUCUCCUUGCCUGGCGGCGGCGCUGAUGGGGGAGGCCUGCUGCAGAUCACCAUGGGCGGUGAUCAGGCCGCGCAGUUGGCCAAGGACAUCGGAGCCGAUGUUAUCGUACCGUUGCACUUCGAGUCAUGGAGUCACUUCACGGAAUCAGAGACCCAACUGGCGAAUGACUUUGCCAAAGCAGGGGUGGAGGAUAAGGUGCUCUGGCUGAAGCGAGGAGUAGAGACCAAAAUUGUUUGA